CAUCAUCAUCACCACCAUCAUUAUCAUCACCAUCAUCAUCAUCAGAUGUACCGGACCGACAACGCCAAACCAGACCUAUCGACCAUGAGAUUGAUAAAGGAGUCUGAACUCAUGAGAGGAACUUGUAUUGGCUCUGGCGCUUUUGGGGCUGUUUACAGAGGUGCCUGGAUACCGGAAGGGGAGAAUUUGAAAAUUCCGGUGGCCAUCAAAAUCCUUCAGGAUACGACAUCCACCUCCCAAAAUAAGGAAUUUCUACAGGAAGCGAGGGUCAUGGCAUCAGUUGACCAUCCUUGCUGUGUCCGGAUUCUGGCGAUUUGUAUGGCUUCUCAGAUGAUGCUGGUCACUCAACUACUUCCGCUUGGAUGUCUGUUGGAUUACGUUAAAAAGAAUAGGUGUAACAUCGGCUCGAAAGUGUUUUUGAAUUGGUGCUAUCAGAUGGCGAAGGGCAUGCAAUAUUUAGAAAGUAAGAAUAUUGUCCAUCGCGAUCUAGCAGCAAGGAAUGUUUUAGUUCAAAGUCCGACUCACGUUAAGAUAACAGACUUCGGGCUCUCCAAGCUACUUGAUUAUGACGAGGAAGCCUUCCAGGUCAACGAUGGAAGGAUGCCGAUAAAAUGGCUGGCUCUAGAGUGCAUCCAGCACCGUAUAUUCAACCACAAAAGUGACGUCUGGAGUUUCGGGGUUACCUUGUGGGAAAUGUUUACAUACGGGCGCAGGCCCUACGAGAACAUCAGGGCACGUGACAUCUCCACCCUAUUGGAGAAGGGGGAGAGAUUGCCCCAACCAAUGAUAUGCACAAUAGAUUCUUACAUGAUAAUGAUCAAGUGUUGGAUCUUGGACGCACAAAGCAGGCCAUCUUUCAAGGAACUGGCCGAAGAAUUCAGCAAAAUGGCUCGAGAUCCAGCCAGAUUUUUGGUCAUACCGGUUAGGAAACAAUAUUUUUAA